AUGAACAACUCGCUCAGCGGACGCGGUAUCGUUUCGGCCGCUGCUGGAGCAUCGCUGCUCCAUCCCUCAGUGUCGCUGGAAAAUCGAUCUCGGUUGAACACAGGGAAAAGAACAGGGGAAACCAAUUGCUGGUGGUCUCCUAAUUCGAUCGCAUCGGGAUCCGCGCAGCUGAAGGAGACGAACUCGAAUUCUUCGUCGUUUUCCGAUGAAUUCACUGUUGCUUCUGCCGCUGCCGCCGCGGCGACGUCGGCGAGGCGGUCGCAAGAGUAG